CGUCAAGUUUCGGAUUUUGAAGUGAAUUUCGUCUUCCAAAAAUAUAUGUUCAUUCAUACAUAUGUACAUACAUACAUGUAUAAAUCUUUAAAUAUACAAUUGCAUACUCUCUAUGGGUCAAUGGUGUUUGUGCAGUGCUUAACGAGAAAGUCACAAACAGUCUCACACGUAGAGUGCCUUAACUUUGAAACAUAUACAUAGUACAUACAUAUGUAUGUAUGUGCAAAUACGAUAUGCAUGCAUAUAAAUACAUUACAACAUGGAUUCCACAACUGUAUCUUGAUGUAGAUUUCCUGACUAUUGCUUUGGCACUUACCUGUAAACAUGACGGAAUUAUUGAUAAAAUAUAUUAAAAAUCACAGUUAACACAGAUCUGUAAUUCUGAAGAGCUUCCUGCCCAAAAUCGCGUUUUUAAAACUCCGUCAGAUUCAAGAUCUGAUAUUAUAUUUAAAAAAUGCACACAAAUGUUUCUGCAGAUCGGGGUGGAUCAUGGAGAUUACCACCUGAUGAAACAUUACAGGUGCAAGAUUCGAAACAGAAAGAAGAUCAAGACAUAGAUUUGGAUGAAGGACAUAACUGGCGAAGUAUAAUAUUUUCAUUGCUCGUGAUUAGUUUUGUAAUAGCUGGAAUUAUUACUGCAAUAUAUUUAUUGGGAUAUGUGGAUGAACUUUUAUAUUGGUCAGGCCGCAGAAUGAUUUUAGAUGAAUACUUACAAGGAGAAUUAACACCAACUAGAUUACAGCCCUCAUGGGUAACUCCUCAAAAGUAUGUAUUUCAAGCUGAUGAUGGAGGGCUUGCCAUUUUGGAUACAACAACGAACUUAAUAAACAUCUUAGUAACAAAUCACACUCUUCGACAAUUGAAUGUACGUGGAUAUCAAUGCUCUCAUGACCUUAAAUAUGUGCUAUUUAAACAUAAUGUAAAGAAAACUUUUCAGAAGUCGUUUACUGCAUUUUACACAAUCUAUGAUGUUGAAAAUGAUCACCACAUGCCAGUAAAAUUAAAAGACUCAUUGAAGGUUCAAAGAACACGUCUUCAAUAUGCGGCAUGGCUCGGCAAUACGACUACGCUAAUAUUUGUAGCAGACAAUGAUAUAUUUGUAAGACAAUCGCCUUCAACUGAAGAGGACAUUAGGAUAACAACUUCAGGAUGUGAAAAUAAUAUCUAUAAUGGUGUUCCUGAUUGGCUUUACCAAGAAGAAAUAUUUACAAUUCCGGAAGCAAUUUGGUCAUCAGCUGAUGGAACCCAUUUCAUGUUUGCUUUAUUUAAUGAUACGCAAGUUGGAAUGAUGACGUAUCCAUGGUUAUCGUCUGGAGCCUUGUUUGCCGGAUCCGGAUAUUCUGCAGGAAGUUAUUUUCCAGAAACAAAAAAUGUUAGGUAUCCAACGCCAGGCACUGUCAAUCCAGAAGUUCAGUUAUGGGUUGUCGACAUAAGCAACUUUGGUGCCAUAGAACAUGUGGAAUUGAGACCACCAAAAUCUCUUAAUGGACAGGACUAUUACCUAACGUCGGCAGGUUGGGUAUCUGAUAGCAAUCUCCAAGUAUCUGUGGUCUACAUGGGACGAUCUCAAAACUAUAGUGUGAUCACCACAUGUUCUAAGCUACAAAAUUGGAACUGUAUAGAAAUUCACUCUGAACGUGCGCCCGAAGAUGAGUGGUUAGAUAUAUUUCCUCACCCAAUUUUUUCGUCGGAUGGCAACAGCUUUUUAUUACUCGCGAGUAUUCAAGAAUCUGGCCAUGAACAUUUUACGCACAUAAAACAUAUAACCAUAUCGCAACAAAGAAUUUCUGUUAUUUCUCAUGGUCGAUAUGAGGUAAUCAAAAUACUGUGUUGGGAUACAAUAAAUCAUUUAGUAUACUAUUUGGCUACUCAAGACAAGAAACCGGGUCAAAGACAUUUAUAUACUGUAAAAGAUCCAAUACAUGAUGAUACAAGAAAAACCGAGCCACAAUGUAUUACGUGUGAUUUAGGAGAGGCCCUCUGGAGUAGUCGGUAUUAUUACAUAAACUGUUCACAUUUUGACGCCUUUAUUACUCCGUCACUAGGCGUGGCAACGAGCUAUGGAAUUGAGUUCUACAUAUUGGAAUGCCAAGGUCCUGGACUACCAGUUUCAGGAGUUCACAUGCAUAAGACUCACAGUUUAGUCAAAAUUUUAUAUGACACGCGGCCAUUUUAUACAGAGAAGCUGCAGAAACUCGCGUUACCAAUCCAACGAUCAUUUGAAAUCCCCUUGCCCCAUGGAAGCCGAGCUCAGGUUCAAUUACUACUGCCACCCAGCUGGAGAGAAGAGCUACGUGACGCUGCAUUUCCUGUUGUUGUCGAAGUAAAUGGUCGACCCGGCUCAAUGUCAGUUUCCGAAAAGUUUAGAAUAGAUUGGGGAACAUAUAUGUCAUCAAGAAAUGAUGUUAUUUAUGUCCGACUGGAUGUGAGAGGCGCAAAAGGGCAAAGCAAGAAGUCGCUUUAUCGCCAUUUGGGAGGAGUGGAAGUUGUCGAUCAGAUAUCUGUCCUAAGAUACCUGUUAGAUACCAUCAGUUUUCUGGAUGAAACACGAGUCGGCAUUUGGGGCUGGGGAUAUGGGGGCUACGUUACCUCCAUGGUUCUUGGCACGCAACAGGAUGUAUUUAAAUGUGGAAUUUCUGUAUCCCCUAUAGCAGAUUGGCUUUAUUACAAUUCAGCUUUUACUGAGCGUGUUCUCGGAUUGCCUGCUGAAAACUAUAAGGGAUACGUUGAAGCUGAUGCUACGCAGCGUGCUCGUCUCAUAAAAUCAAACUCUUUUUUUUUAAUUCAUGGCUUGGCCGACUCAACUGCUCCUUAUGUACAUGGAGUGCAGCUAGCUAAAUCUUUAACAGACGCAAAUAUUCUAUAUCGGUACCAGACCUAUGCUGAUGAAGGUCAUGACUUAAAUGGAGUACUUGAGCAUGUAUAUUCAUCCAUGGAGCAUUAUUUUGCAGAGUGUUUAAGCUUGGAUCCGGAUGAUACAAAACCUGACGUAGAUCAAAAUAUGGUUCCAGCCGAGUAAAAAUUAAUAAGAAAACAUGUAAAUAGAUUAGUUUUAACUAUUCACAGAUUCAUAGCUAAGGAAUAGACAACUUCAAAGGUCGUGACAAUUUUGAAUUUAAUCGUAAACGAAUAUAUUGCUUUGUUACGUCGAAAACAUUUCAAUAGAUUUUUAAAUAUUCAAA